AUGGCUACCAUUCAAAAACUUCUCUUGUUUGUCACACUCUUCACGUCAUUCGUUAACCCUACAACCUCACAACCAUGCAACUCAUACAAAUUUCCAAACAGCCUUAACUAUGUCACAUGCAAGGAUUUACCCAAAAAUAAUGCAAGAGAUUCAAGUUGGAUUGCUUGGGCCAUAAACCCUAACUCAAAGGGUAUGUUAGGAUCACAAGCCCUAAUUGGAUAUCGAAAAUUUGAUGGAACUUUCAAAGCUUACACUUCAUCAAUAACAAGCUACGCAACUAUGUUACAAGAGGGUAAUAUUAGUUUUCCGGUUUAUAAUCUUUCGGGAAUGUAUAUAAACGGUAGUAUGAUGAUCUUUGCAAGUUUACAACUUCCUCAAAACGUUAGCAUGGUUAAUCACGUUUGGCAAGAAGGAUUGGUUGCUGAUGAUGGAAGUUUCAGAUCACAUGCGUUAACCGGAUCAAAUGUUCAAAGUUUUGGAACUUUGGAUUUUAAAUCUGGGAUUGUUUCUCAAAAGAUUGAUGGGAAGUUAAAGUCAAGAACCACACUGAAAAAUGUACAUGCAAUUCUAAAUGCAAUAAGUUGGGGAACAUUGAUGCCAAUUGGAGUAAUAUUAGCUCGUCACUUGAAAUCAUUUGAAGGAUUAGGAUCAACAUGGUUUCACUUGCAUAGGGCAUGUCAAUCUAUAGCACUAUUAAUUGGUACUAUUGGUUUUGGCACUGGCUUAUACAUGGGAAAUCAUCAAGGACUACAUAACACUCCACAUAGAUGCGUUGGAAUCACCCUAAUGACAUUGGCAUUGGUUCAAGUUUUUGUUGCUUUUUGUCUUAGGCCAAAGAAUGAUCACAAGUAUAGAAUAUUGUGGAACAUUUUUCAUUUGAUAGUUGGUUACACAACUGUUGUCUUAGCUAUAUGGAAUGUCUUCAAAGGGUUUGAUAUUUUGGGAGGUGGUUUCAUUUGGAGAAAUAUAUAUGGUGCUGUAAUUGGAUGUUUGGUUUUUGUUGGUUUGGUGUUAGAGGUUGUAACUUGGAUCAGAUUAUGGAAGAAGAAUAAUAAGAGGACAACUCAAGAACUUGGUCUAUAG